AUGCCAACCUCAACCUGGAAGUCCAAAGCCCGAGUGCGCACCCGCACCGGCUGCUUCGAAUGUCGCAAACGCCGCAAAAAAUGCGAUGAGCAAAGACCAACCUGCCAAAGAUGCGUCAACCUUGGCUCUACCUGCACUUGGCCCACAACUACUACCCAGCUCAUGGACGGCCGAAGGCGUGAAAGACGUCAAUGGAAUCCUAAGUGCCCAGGUUUAUCAAAUGACGAUAAAGCCUUGUAUACACAUUUUGCGACAACCGUGAUGCCGCGGCUUGUGCGACCGAAUUGUCCAUCUGUGUACAGCGAUCAAUCGCACAUACUACGACUAGCCCAGGAAUUCUCUCCGCUGAUGGCGAUUAUGAUAGCCAUUGCAGCUCUUGACCUCGGUGACGAUGCACUCGCAAUGCAGCACUACCUACACGCACUGCGCAGCCUGCAGGAUUGCAUAAUAGAUGCCCCCGGCACCGGGAACGAAGAUGGCUUAUUGGCGACGACGAUAUGUCUUUGUGUGUUUGAAAAUGCCCGGUCAGAUGUACCCCCAAAUAUCGGUCUACAUGCGAAGGCUGCUGGCGAGCUCCUUUGGCGACGACGCCCAGAAGAGACCAUCCAAUCUCCUUCCCAGCCAGCAGUAAUAUUUCAACGCACCUGUGUGGAGUCGUUUUUGUACCAUAGUACGCUUACGAUGCUGUUUACCCCCUCUCUGGAUGCGACAGCAGGCAACAUACCUCUGUAUUUGGCCUUUGCAGUCAAUGAUGGACAGGCUGUUGCACAACCUAUCUUGGAUGAACCUUAUCAUUUCUUCAUCAUGAUUGCAAAUGUGACCCGCAUCGCUCGGUUAGCCCGCGACCUAAACCAAGAAGAACGCCAGAUGUGGACACGCCUCCAGAGUGACAUCCUGCAAUAUGAGCGUCAGGAUGAUACCAAUAAUCCCAUGAGGAGGCUCUACUCACGAGCUGUCCGAAUUUUGCUACUUAAGAAAGAUCAUAUGCGGACAAUGUCAGAAAGAAUAUCCGGAAUCAAUUCCCUCUUGCGCGAAGGGCUGAACAUUUUGGAGCCAAUAGACAUCCCAAACUGCCUACUCAGUUAUGCUCUAUGGCCUGUGGCCGUGCUUGGUGCUGUUGCCGUGAAUGCAUAUGAACAGCAUAUCAUCAACAGCAAGAUUACCCCAUCGGCUAGCUUGAGACGCGGGCAGGCAGUGCGAUUGCAAGAGCAACUGAUGCAUGUUUGGGCCUCAUCACGGGAACCCGAAGACAUACUGCCGCUGCAACAAUUACAGUUAUUGAUGGAACCAUCCUGA